ACAAACCUUGAAAAUAGCAAAAUAAAAAGUAUGCUUGCGUAUAGGAAUGUCACUUUUCUUGUGUUUAAAAUUGGUCAUCUUUUACGUUAAAAUAGAAACUGCUCAGCUUGAUAAUUGCCUAUUUCAUAAGAUUUUUGUGUAUAUUUUUGAUAUAGCAAAUAACUUAGUAUCCCUUGGUUUUAAUAUCAACCUUAGCUUUUAAUUCUGAAAACUUCGAAAUGGCACAGAGCAACUUUAAUCCAUAUGAAAAUCGAAAUGUGGAAUCACCAUUAUCCAAUUGCGAUGCUUUAACCUCGCUGAUGAAGUGCGUCGUUGGCACUGGGAUUUUGGCCUUGCCCCUCGCCUUUCACUACGCUGGUUUUAUUGCUGGCGCCGUUCUGACUGCCUGUUGCACCGCCCUACUUGUUUAUGAAAUGCAACUACUAGUAGGCAAAAUUUCGUGUAUGGUCGAGAGCAGUCGCCGCAAUAGUGUUGGUUAUAUGACAUUUCCCGAGACAGUAGAGUAUUCCUUCAGUGUGGGGCCGAAGUGUUGUCGAUGUAUAUCCAAAGUAGUCGGUUUUUUUAUAGAUGGUAUUCUGGCAUUUUCACACUAUGGUGUUUGUGUAGUGUAUAUCGUGUUUGUGGCCUUAAAUAUCAAACAGCUUUUAGACUCAGUGUGGCCUAAUUAUCUGGUACCUACAAAUAUGCUUGCGACUAUUCUGCUCUAUGUGGGAUUCGCGUGCAUCUUGUAUUACUUUUGUAUAGGCUUACCCUCCCUGGGUGAACGAGACCUGUUUAAAUAUGACCUGGCCUUAUUUUUUGGCAUUGUAUUGUUUGCUGUUUCCUCGGUGGGUGUGAUGUUGGCUAUAGAGCAAAAAAUGGCUAAGCCCGCCCAGUAUUUGGGCUGGUGUGGUGUUUUAUCCCGCGGCGGUAUCUUUGUAACCGUCACAUAUAUUCUUUUUGGGUCUUUUGGCUACUGGCGCUAUGGUGAUAAGGUGGAAGGUAGUAUCACUUUAAAUGUGCCAACCGAGGAACUCCUUGCGAAGUUUAUCAAGGUGUUUAUAUCAGUUGCUGUUUUUCUUACAUAUCCUUUGAGCGGCUAUGUUCCCAUCGACAUUAUCAUGAAUCAUUAUCUGAAAAAGAAUCGCGAACUGAAGCAUCCCCAUAUGAUUGAGUACAUAAUACGCACUGCUUUCGUAAUUGUAUGCACAUUGAAUGCCAUUGCUUUUCCCAAUUUGGCUCCGCUCUUGGCUUUGGUUGGUGCAUUUUCUAUAUCCAUACUUAAUAUAAUUGCCCCAUGCUGCAUUGAGCUAUGCCUGUUCUAUGACGAUACGUAUGGGAAGUUGAAAUGGAAGCUUUGGAAGAAUAUAGUUAUUAUUUUAUUUGGCACCCUUGUUUUAGUAUACGGAAGCUAUCGCGCAAUGGUUGAUAUAAUCAGAGAGUAUGGUGGCAAGACAGCUUCUACAAAAGUAAGAGUCGAAACUCCAGAGGUGGCACUCUGGGUAACCUGGCGGACUCUGGCAUGUGGCAUGUGGCAUGUAGCUGGCAACCUGCUUGAAACUGCGGCCCCACUCAGCAGCGUCAGCGGCAGCGGCACAAGCACAGCCUGUUUGUCUGGCAGUCGUCUUCAGGCCCACUUAACGAUGCUCCGGAAUUUAUGCCGAUAUGGUAAUGCAUCUGCGCUGGGGCCGCUGGUGCUGCUGGUGCUGCUGGGGCGGCCCGCCGCUUGCCUCAUUAUGCCAUUGAUGGACUGCAGUUGA